AUGGCUUCGAGUACAGUCUUCUCGAAAGCUCAAGAAGCAGCCAAGUUUUUGAGGGAGCGUCUUGAUCUAGGGUUACAGAAACCUAAGGUUGCUAUUGUUUGUGGUUCCGGACUUGGAGGUCUGGCAGAUUCAGUCCAUGAACAGCCAAGGGUAGAGAUUGAGUACUCUUCGAUACCUUAUUUUCCACGAUCUACGGUUCAAGGACAUGCAGGAAAAUUACUUUUUGGAUUUCUUGGAGCUCAAACGCCGGUUGUUCUGAUGGUUGGCCGAUUACAUUACUAUGAAGGUCAUUCCAUAGGGGAUGUGACGUUCCCAGUCCGUGUCCUCAAGCUUCUUGAAGCGGAAACAAUCGUAUUGACCAAUGCCGCGGGUGGUCUCAAUCCUGAAUAUGCGGUUGGAGACAUAACAGUCCUCAACGAUCACAUCUUCCUCGCCGGGCUUUCCGGCUUACACCCGCUGCGUGGACCAAAUGUCGAUGAAUUUGGUGUCCGUUUCCCUCCACUUUCAGAUGCAUACGAUCUAUCACUCCGCCGUUGUGUCCAUAACGCAUGGCAAAGUAUUGCCAAGUCAGAGACACGACGACUCCACGAGGGCGUCUAUGCGUUUGUGUCGGGACCGAGCUACGAAACACGCGCCGAAUGCCGUUUGUUAAGAAAUCUCGGGGCUGACGUGGUAGGUAUGUCCACCGUGCCUGAGAUUAUCGUAGCCAGGCACGCUGGUAUGCGUGUACUGGCAUUCAGCCUCGUCACAAACAACGCUGUCCUCACCCCUGUACCCCGGGGUGAUGACCACCUCCUUCAAUCGACGUCUAGUGGUGAACUAGACGCUAUCAUCAAAGAAGGAAAGGCAGAUCAUCAGGAAGUUCUCGAGGCUGGCCGACACGCUGCCCAAGACAUGCAGCGGCUUGUCGUUCAAGUCAUCACUGAUGUCUUUGAGAAGAAUCAAGAUAUAUAG